AUGGCUCUGAAAAUAUCCUACCCCGCGCUCCUGCUGUCGCUUGUCCUGCUGGGGGCUUGGCUGGCUCUGGCCAGUGGGCAGCUGCCGACUUCGACGAAUGACCAAUUCCUGAGGCGGCACUGGGACAACCCGAAGACCAAAGCCACCAACAACACUGCUUACUGCCGCCUGCUGACACGUUGCCGGGGUAUAUCCAGGAGGAACAAUACCUUCGUCCAUGACAGCAUCAGAGCCAUCAACAGCAUCUGCACUGGGAAGCCUGACGGGCUCGUGACAAGCCCACGCACCUUCAAAAUCACCAUCUGCAGAUUUAACCCGACGACAGGCACUGCCACUGGGACACCCUUAGUCCACCGAAUUGUCGUCAACUGUAAGAGACAGCUCCCUGUGCGCUUUGUAAGGAGUGUUAGGCCCAAGAUCUGGGCAUAG